AUGGAGGAGGGCGGCCGGAGCCCCCGGGAGGAGGCGGCCGAGCCGCAGGAGUCCGGCGGCGACGCGGAGCCCGGCGGCGGCGGACGGCGGGGGUUGCUGCUUCCCCCUGGUGACCCCCCACACCCCCACCCGCACCCGCACCGCAUCACCAACUUCUUCAUCGACAACAUCCUGCGGCCCGAGUUCGGGCGGAGAAAAGAGGCGGGCGGCCCCGGCGGAGAGCCCCGGCGGCCCGGCGCGGAGAGCCGCCGCAGCCCCGCCGCGGCGCCGGCCCCCGGCGCUCCGCUUCCAGGCGGCGGGGCGGGAUCGCCGGGCCGGGGGGAGGGCGGCCCCGCCGGGCUGGCCCUGCACGGCGCCGCCAAGAAGGGGGGGGACCCCGCGGCGCUGGAGGCGGCCCUGAAAGCGCGAGGGCUCAGCGGCGGCGACCUGUCGGUGAGCUCGGACUCGGAUAGCUCCCAGGCCAGCUCCAACGCCGGGAACCAGCCCAUGCUCUGGCCCGCCUGGGUUUACUGCACGCGGUACUCGGACCGGCCCUCUUCAGGUCCCCGGUCCCGCAAACCAAAGAAGAAGAACCCCAACAAGGAGGACAAGCGACCGCGCACCGCCUUCACCGCCGAGCAGCUGCAGAGACUCAAGGCCGAGUUCCAGACGAACCGGUACCUGACGGAGCAGCGGCGGCAGAGCCUGGCCCAGGAGCUCGGUCUGAACGAGUCCCAGAUCAAAAUCUGGUUCCAGAACAAACGAGCCAAGAUCAAGAAGGCAACGGGCAGCAAGAACUCCCUGGCAGUGCACCUCAUGGCCCAGGGGCUCUACAACCACUCCACUACGGCGAAAGACGGCAAGUCGGACAGUGAAUAG